AUGACUUCUGAGGAAUCAGUGACUUCCAGGAAAGACUGGAUGACAACCAGGAAUAGAUUGGUGACAACUGGAGAGACAGUGGACAUCCAGGAGAGACUGGAAUUGGGUGAGGCCUAUACAGAGACAGCUCAGUGUGUUUGCGGGAAAAUCUGUAAGAAUGCCAGGGGUCUCAAGAUACACCGGUCUAGGAAGGGUUGUCAGCCUGAUCCGGAGCAGAGACAGUGCACAGACUUGUCUGGUGAGACACAGGAGGACCACAGCCAGGAAGAACACCACAGUGCUGAGGAUCUCCACGAAUCUGAGGUGGAACAGGUGGAUAAGCCUACAAGACCAGAACAUGAUCUUGGUAGCCAGGGCAGUCAUACAGAUGACAGACUAGAGCGCAUCAAAUGGCCAGCUAUGAACGAGAAACAGUGGAAGGAGGUUGAUGAGGAUGUAGAUGGCAUCGUGGAACAGGUGUUACUUGGAACAGUAGAAAGGAAACUGCGGAGUAUGUGUAGACUGAUAUAUGCAGUCGGGAAGGAAAGAUUUGGGGUGACACCAUCGGAAAGGAAGCAGACUACAGUCGCCAAGAACAGACGGCAGAUAGAAAUAGAGAAGUUGAGGAAGGACCUUCGCAACUUGGGGAACCAGUACAGACAGGCAUCAGAGCUAGAGAAAAUUGGUCUACAGGAACUACGAGACCACACCAGACGCAGACUUCAAGACCUGAGGAAAGCGGAAAGGAUACGAAAAGCCAGAAGGGAGAAGGCCAGACAAAGAUCACGAUUUCUUUCCAAUCCCUAUGGUUUUAGCAAGGAAAUCCUUGAAGAGAAGAAAGCGGGACAGCUGAAUUGUUCUAAAGAGGAGGUUGAAGAGCAUCUGAAGAACACGCACUCUGAUCAGGCGAGACAUAUGCGGAUGGAGGGACAUGAACGCAUAGCCCCAGUACCCAUGCUCAUUGUUGCAUUUACUGAGGGAGAACCAACCCUCAAGGAGGUCCAAGAUAUAAUCAAGAAGGCUAGAUCCAAGUCAGCACCAGGCCCAAAUGGAAUACCUUACAAGGUGUACAAGUCAUGCCCAAAACUGCUGAGACGGUUGUGGAAACUAUUGAAGGUGGUCUGGCGUAAAGGAGAUGUACCUGUGGAGUGGCAGCGAGCAGAAGGCAUCUUCGUCCCAAAGGAGGAGGUUUCCAAGGAUAUUGGACAGUUCCGGACAAUAUCAUUGUUGAAUGUGGAGGGCAAGAUCUUCAUGUCAGUGGUUGCCAGGCGUCUUACAACAUUCAUGACCAGUAAUGGGUACAUUGACACAUCAGCACAGAAGGGAGGUGUUCCAGGAUUCUCUGGCUGCAUUGAACACACAUGCGCUAUUAGCCAGUUAAUCAGGGAAGCUAAGAUCAACAAGACAGAUCUCACAGUUGUAUGGCUGGAUCUAGCAAAUGCGUAUGGCACGGUACCCCACCAGGUAAUAGAGUUUGCUCUGAAACACCACCAUGUACCAGAACAUAUUCAGAGCAUUGUCAGAAGCUACUACAGAAACAUCAACAUGCGCUUCACAACAAAGAACUUUACAACAUCCUGGAUACAGCUUCAGAAGGGGAUUGUAACCGGCUGCACAGUGUCAGUAGUACUGUUCAUCGCCGCUAUGAAUCUCAUCAUCAAAGCCGGAGACAGGGAGUCAAGGGGACCGAAGACCCAGACAAAUAUCAGACUUCCACCACAGAGGGGAUUUAUGGAUGAUCUGACUAUCACAACAGAGUCCCACAUACAAGCUCGAUGGAUCCUACCAGCCCUUGAAGAUGUUGUGUCAUGGGGCGAGGAUAUCCCAUCACUUAUUGACAACCCCGUCAAGUGCUUGGGUAAAUGGUUUGACACCACACUGGGUGAUAGCAGAAAUAACACAGAGCGCAUCAGGCAGCAACUGAGGAAUGGGCUUGCAAAGAUAGAGGGAACAGGCCUACCAGGGAAGUUCAAGGCAUGGCUUUUCCAGCAUGGCCUCCUGCCCCGUCUUCUGUGGCCACUAAUGUUGUAUGAGAUCCCAACAUCGACGGUUGAUAGCUUGGAAAGCAUGAUAAACAAGAGCCUGAGACGAUGGUUCGGACUUCCAUCAUGUAUGACAAGUAUUGGACUCUACAACAGAACCGGAAUGUUGCAGCUCCCUCUUUCAUCAAUUGUAGAGGAGUACAAAGUUAGUAAGGCAAGGCUCGUGUUGACCCUACGAGACUCUAGUGACAUGAGCAUUAGAAAUGCAGGGAUAGAGGUCAAAACUGGAAGAAGAUGGUCAGCAUCCAAUGCAGUUGAGCAGGCAGAGAGUCGACUGAGACAUCAAGACAUAUUCAUGAUCCGGGCAGUUUAUGAUGUCUUGCCAACACCGGCGAAUCUCCAGAGAUGGGGGCUGAUAGAAACAGCAGAAUGCACCCUAUGUGGAGGAAGAGCUACCCUGGACCACAUCUUGUCCUCGUGUAAGGAAGCACUUGCCCAGGGGAGAUACCGCUGGAGACAUGACCAGGUACUCCGAGAGGUAGCGGAUACACUUGAGAGACACAAGAAGAAGGCACGAGUACAUGCAGGGGCAAAGCACAUCAACUUUGUACCAGCAGGAACAGUAAUGAAGGGUACAAAGGGAGGACAUCCGAGUAUCCUAGACGGCACAAAUGACUUGGAACUACGGGCAGAUCUUAUGAAACAGCUGCAGUUUCCAGACAUUGUCCACACUACCCUACGCCCAGACAUUGUGAUGGUCUCCGGAAAGACAAAGAAGAUCAUCCUGGUAGAGCUGACUGUCCCGUGGGAAGAAAGAUGUACUCAGGCACAUGAGAGAAAGAAGGCCAAGUAUGAAGAUCUCGUCCAGGAAUGUAGAGAGGCCGGGUGGAGAGCAUGGAACUACCCGAUUGAAGUGGGAUGCAGAGGGUUUCCUGCACCAUCGCUGGGAAAGAUGUUCCAGGAUAUGGGAAUAGACGGACAGGCGACAAAGCUGGCCAUUAAGAAGGUAUCACAGGCAGCAGAAAAAAGCUCCAGCUGGCUGUGGCUAAGGAGGAACGCCAGUAGCUGGAAGCCAUCCACUAAUGGGUAG